ACCCCCAUGUACUUCUUCCUCUCCAACCUGUCCUUCGCUGACAUCUGUUUCACUUCCACCACCGUCCCAAAGAUGCUGGUGAACAUCCAGACACAGAGCAAGGUCAUCACCUAUGCAGGCUGCAUCACCCAGAUGUUCUUUUUCACACUCUUUGCAGGGCAAGAGGAUGUCUGUCUGCUGACUGUGAUGGCCUAUGAUCGGUACGUGGCCAUCUGUCACCCCCUGCACUACAUGGUCAUCAUGAAACCUCAUAUGUGUGUGUUGAUGAUUCUGGUGUCCUGGAUCAUGAGUGUCCUGCAUUCUUUGUUACAUAGCUUAAUGGCUUCAAAGCUGUCCUUCUGUACACAUUUCAAAAUCCCCCACUUUUUCUGCGAAUUUAUACAGGUGAUCCAUCUUGCCUGUUCUGACACCUUUGUUAAUGAUGUGGUAAUGUAUUUUGUGUCUGUGCUGCUGGGUGGCGGAACCCUUUCUGGGAUCGUUUACUCUUACUGUAAGAUAGUUUCCUCCAUACGUAGAAUCUCAUCAGCUCAGGGGAAGUACAAAGCCUUUUCCACCUGUGCCUCUCACCUCUCAGUUGUCUCCUUAUUUUAUUGCACUAGCAUGGGUGUGUACUUUAGUGCUGGUGCUACCCACAGCUCACACUCAAGUCCAGCAGCCUCAGUGAUGUACACUGUGGUCACCCCCAUGUUGAAUCCUUUUAUCUACAGUCUGAGGAACAACGACAUAAAAAGGGCCCUGAAACCAUUAUUCAUAGGAAAGCUAUAA